AUGAUUUUUGUGGUAAAAGAAGCUGAAAGCUUUGCUGCGGAAGGCAGCGUUCCUGAAUGGAACCAAGACGGAAUGUAUUUUGGUGGAAUGCCAAGUGCCGAGCAGUACCAGCAUCAGGAAAUCAAUUCAACUUUGAACAGGAAAAAUAUUAUCCUGAAGAACAGGAGGCGCAAGAAUGGGCGUCGAAGGACGGUAGGGUGCGAUAGAUCAGCGAUCUCAGACAGCUGA